GGGGCGGGGCAGGAGGCGGUGAUUGGCAGGUCCGCAUACCCCGCCCCUUCCGCUUCUGUGGUCUGAACUUCCUGCGGCUGAACCGCCCGGCUGAGCCGACAUUGCCGGCGUCUUUGCGAUUCGACCCGACGCGCUCCGUUUUCUCGACAGCAUGGUGGCCUACUGGCGACAGGCUGGACUAAGCUACAUCCGAUAUUCCCAGAUCUGUGCAAAAGCAGUGAGAGAUGCACUGAAGACAGAAUUCAAAGCAAAUGCCGAGAAGACUGCUGGCAGCAAUGUAAAAAUUGUGAAAGUAAAGAAGGAAUAAUCUACCCUGACUAAAACUUGAUGUGCCGUAUUUCCAAGGUGAAGAUGUGUGGCCACAUGUUAACGGCAGAUUGAAAAGGAUCUUAUUUCAUGGAAAAAAAAAAAAAACCGUGUCUUGUUCAUAAAUUGACAAUGUCAAUAAAUUGAAGUAUGGUUCACUGUUACUCUUGA